AAAUCGUUUAUAAAUAUGACUAGCCUAAAUGCAACGCUUAGUUACACUUCACCGUGCACGAAUCACCGCAUCAAGCGCACCACACAGACGGGAGAAAUGAAAACGCGCACCGAAACCUCAUUCACGGCGCCGCGGCACGGGCUUGGCUGGUGCGCGCUAGUGGCGCUUUCGGCGGUUGCCUUGGUAAUUGCACCGAUCGGUGUUUGCAGUGCUGCAGCCAACCCGGACGCUAGCGAUUACUGUGAUCCGGCGCUGUGCAAACCGAACCAUGCCCACAUCGGGUGUAACGCUACCGGCCAGUUUGGCGAGCUGUGUCCCGCCCAGACGACGCAGCUCGUGCCGAUGGAGCAACCGCUGAAAGAGCUCAUCCUGAAGCUGCACAAUGGAUUGCGCAGCGAGCUGGCGGGUGGCAAGAUGGACGGGUUUGCCGCAGCGGAAAGGAUGGCCGUGCUGGAGUGGGACGACGAGCUGGCGAGCCUGGCCGAGCAUAACGCUCGUACGUGCCAGUACCUGCACGACGAGUGUCGCAGCACCGAGCGGUACCGGAACGCGGGCCAGAACAUUGGCCGGAAGUCGCAGGCGGGCAAUGUCACCAUCGACCUCGAGCGGGCCAUCACCGAUCUCACCAACAAGUGGUGGCAGGAGUACGUCGAAUCCAAUCAGACCGUCAUGGAUGACUAUCGGGCCGUCGGUGAAGGGGUGGAUGUUGGACAUUUCGCGCAGAUGGCCAGUGACCGCGUGACAAAGGUUGGCUGCGGAGCGACGAGCUACUACCACGAAGCGAGAAAACGGUCCUACGUGUACUACGUCUGCAACUACUCGCACAGCAACGAGCACGGCCAGCCGGUCUACCGGAAGGGCACGCAGUGUGCCCAGUGUGCCGAGACCAAAUGCAGCCCGACCUUCCCGGGGCUGUGCGAGGGCAUCGGUGACGCGAUCGAUAAGGAGCUGUACCCGGCUGCCAGCGCGUCCUAGGGCGACGGACAUGACGGACGGCUUAAUAAAAAGUGACACUAUUUAUUCCGACACGAUCCGAGCAAAAAGCGACCAAAUGCAGGACAAGCACGUGAUUGUGUAGCGCUUCCCCCCCAGAGCGGGCGGCGGGUGAA